AAUCGAGCGCUUGGCUAUCCGCGCCUGCGUACAUGGUGCUCCCGGCGGCCCGCAGGGCUGUGGGAACCUCCGUGUGCUGAGCGCACUGGUGUCCAGCCAUGGCCUCUUUGCAAGCCAAGGAUGCUUACCUGCAGGGCUUGGCCAAGAAGAUCUGCGCACAGCCUGGCCCCGAGCGGCAGAGGAACCAGUGGGCUGCCAAAACAAAACGCUUGGAAGCUGCCGGGCCCCCAAAAAAGAAGAGGAAGAAAGCACAAAAGAAAUCUCAGGAGCAGGAACAGAAAGCUCCAGAGCACAAGACUAAGCCCCUCGGGAAGACGGCUCCUACCUCUUCCACGGCCAAGAAACCAAUGGGAUCUAAACAAGAGAAGAACUCCAGCUCCCUGGAGUCCCCUAAAGAUAGCCAAGUCACAGCACCCGAUUCUGUGUUUGCACUGGACUUCCUGAGACAGCGGCUGCAUGAGAAGAUCCAGCUGGCCCGGGGCCAGGGCAGCACCAAGGAGCUGUCUGCUGCCACACUAGAGAAGCGACAGCGGAGGAAGCAGGAGAGGGAACGGAAGAAGAGGAAGCGGAAGGAACUUCGAGCAAAGGAGAAGGCUGCAAAGACUGAGAAAAAAGAGGAGCCAGCCGAGGCGCCCCCAGAAGUGGCCUGCAAGGAGCCUCAGGAGUCAGGACUGAUCUUUAACAAGGUGGAGGUGACCGACGAGGAGCCAGCCAGCAAGGCCCAGCGCAGGAAGGAGAAGCGGCAGAAGGUGAAAGGGAACCUGACCCCGCUGACCGGCAGGAACUACAGGCAGUUGCUGGAGCGUCUGCAGGCGCGACAGGACCGCCUGGAGGAGCUUCGAGAGCAGGACGCCGGCAAGGCCCAGGAGCUGGAGGCCAAGAUGAAGUGGACCAACUUGCUGUACAAGGCGGAGGGCGUGAAGAUCCGCGACAACGAGCACCUGCUGCAGGAAGCCCUGAAGCGCAAGGAGAAGCGGAAGGCACAGCGGCAGCGCCGGUGGGAGAAGCGCUCAGAGCACGUGGUGGAGAAGAUGCAGCAGCGGCAGGACAAGCGGCGCCAGAACCUGCGCAAGAAGAAGGCUGCGCGGGCCGAGAGGCGGCUGCAGAAGGCCCGCAAGAAGGGCCGGGUGCUGCCGCAGGACCUGGAGCGCGCGGGCCUCUCCUGAGCAGCUUGUGCCGGCCGGUGACGGGCUGUGGGUCUCCUGUGUGAGGCCGACUUGUUCUUGCACCACAGAGCCGCAGUGAGGGCUCUGAUUGUGUGCCUACAGGAUGUUUUUGUGUCAUCCUUAAGUUGGACAGUGUCUUCCAGUCCCUGGGAGGGAGGGAGGGAGGGAGGGAGUGU